UCUCUCCUCUCUCCUCGCAAAAUUCCAAAUUUUAGCGAGACUGAAAGACCGUACAGGAAAGGCGAUGUUGAUAUAACCCCUCCUCCCAACCUCCCAUUCCCCCAUCCCCAAACAUUCGCUUCUCUUCUCACCUUUAUUCCUCUGUUCUCAGGUGCCAUGGGCUUGAGAAAAGGGUUUUUGUUUCUUCUCAUACUGGUUGUUAGCUGGUCAAAUGCAGAUGCCAGGAGUUUGGUGACCUUUGAUGUUGCAGUUUCCCCAAUAGUCUUUGAGACACCAAGACAGGAGAAUAAAAUUUCUGAAGCAGUCCUAAGGGAUGACCAACUGUGCACACUUUGUGAAAAUUUUACUGCACAGGCUGCCAAUUUUCUUGGUGAAAACAAGACUCAAACUACAAUAAUCAAGACCCUUCACCAAGCAUGUUCCCAGCUGCAGCCUUUUGAACAGCAGUGUAUUUUGCUGGUGGACUAUUAUGCAUCUCUUUUCUUCGUUGAAAUUGAUAAAAUACGUCCAGAGGAGUUCUGCAGAAAGGUGAAUCUCUGUGGGAAAAUGGUUUCUGUCAAUCUGCAAAAGAGUGAGGAGACAUGCACACUCUGCCAUCAUGUUGUUGAUGAGAUAAUCACCAAGUUGAAAGAUCCUGAUGCACAGUUUGAGAUAAUUGAAACGCUUAUGAAGGAAUGCAACAAGAUGGACAAUUAUGCUCAGAAGUGCAAGGAGCUGGUCUUUCGCUAUGGCCCACUGAUCCUGGUCAAUGGUGAGAAGUUUCUUGAGACUACUGAUGUCUGUGCCUCCAUCCGUGCUUGUGAUGCCAACCAAGUAAAUAUUGUUGAACAUGGAUUACUGGUGGAGACAUCCUUGAAUGAAGCAUGAAUCUAUAGACAUCCUUGAUGCAGGAAGGUAUAUAAAAUUAACAGAAUGAGAGAGGAAUGCAAGCAAAAAUCAAAUGAAAGGGGUUCUGGAAGUGGGGAAGGGAGUGUAUUUCAAAUGACAUCUUAUUGUUGUAUUCAUAAUUAUCCAUCGCUAUGUUCAUAUGCCAUACUAUACUUUGUGUGAUCUGCCAGUGGUUGGAACAAGGCUGCUUGUUUCUUGUGCUCUAUUCAGGUUGUGAAAUAUGUAAUGCACUUGCUAGCUUUGUUAUUUGCGGGAUGUGGAUAUCUGGGUCCGCCGGUUCA